AUGAUGAUGAUAAUAAGGAGGAUGAUGAAUCCGGAGACCCACGUCCACCGCAUCACCAUCCUUCUCAUGGCCGUCGACCUGAUCAUGACUCGGGACAUCAUCACCGCUGUCCAGGACACGAUCACGAAGACGAUGGAGAUAAACGUCCACACUGUGGUUGCCCAGGUCACGGAGGCCAUGGAGGAGGAGAUCGUGGUGACGGGGACGGCCAUGGUGACGGAGAUGACAACGGAUGUUCACCCCCAGGAAAGGGUGGCUGUCCCGGCGGUGGAGGAGAGGGAGAGGGAGAUGGCGAUGACGGCGAUGACGGCGAUGACGGCGAUGACGGAGGUCAGAACCCUCCAGAUAGAUGUCCAGGCCAUGGAGGAGGUGGGCAUCGAGGAGGAGGCGGAGGAGGUGGAGGAGACGGAGGAGAUGACCAUUGUGGAGGAGACGACCCCUGUGGAGGACACGGGCAUCAUAGACACGGUCGUCACGGGGGAGGACAUCACGGAGACUGUCCUUGUCAAGGCCAUGAUCCCAGUCAUCACCAUGGCUGCUCUGGUCACGGAGACCAUGGACAUGGACAUGGACAUGGACAUAGAAACCACCAACCCCCAAAACACCAUCAUCGAGGAUGUCGCCGACGCCGCCAUCCUAGCCACGGCCACGAAGAAGACGGCUCUGAUGAUGAAUGUUCGAAACCGAGAAGACCACGACACCCAAGACACAGACUGUGUUGGCACCAUGACUCCAUAUGAUAUCUCUUUGGAGACCAUCUCCCAUGUGGUGAGAAGUGUCUGUGUUGAUCCAGUAUCAUAUUGUAAGAGAGGACGCUAA